CAUAUGUGUCCUAAUUAGGUCCUUUUCAAUCCUUUAGAAUAUACGCGCGCCCCCUGCUGCGAGCACCCCGCGGCCAGACAUGGAAGCCCAGGAACUAUUUAAUGCUCGGGAUGUGCGCUGCGCGUGUCACACAGUCCAGAGAUUACAAGUGACGUGUAGCGUACAAUCAGACGGUCCUCACAAGCACUUUAUUUUGAACUAGGGACUUUUAAACUAGGCACCGAUUUCGUGUAGCGGGCUACACGUUUUCUCCUGCCGGGUAAAAACAGUUUAUUGAAUUGAACAAUAAUACUUUAAAAUGGAAGAUGUAUUAUUUGACUUGGAUCAAGAUGGCACUACAGACUUUGAUUUCUGGGGCCAAAUGGACCUUAACUUCCAGUUCCAGGCCCAGUUGGACAGUCUGCUCGUUGACUGCACCACGGUCACCGGCCAGCUUUCGCCAUGGUCCUCGUUCGGCGGCCAGUCCAUGUUCCCGGACGCGCAGCUGACCUUCACAGACCUGGACUCGCAGUCUCCCGGCCUUGGCGCUGGUGCUGAAGUGGACAGCUCCUCGGCGCACGAGCCCCACGAGAUGAGCAAGCGCAGGCCGCUGCGGUUUGUGCCCCAUCACCCGUACAAGAUCCAGCGACACGCCGCCAAUAUCCGGGAGAGGAAGAGGAUGCUGAGUAUCAAUUCGGCGUUCGAAGAGUUGCGGUGCCACGUGCCCACCUUUCCUUACGAAAAGCGCCUGUCCAAGAUUGAUACCCUGAGACUCGCCAUUGCCUACAUUGCCCUCCUGAGAGAAAUAUUGAUAUCCGGCUGCGACCCCAAGUCAUAUUUGGAUGAAUGCAUGAAGAAUGGUUACAAGAAUCAAACCAAUGCAAUAUGGAACACAAGUGAUCUGACAGCCCGGCUCUCCUGGAUAAAGUGGGAUUAACUCAGGAUGGAGCGACCCAAGUACGUAGGGGGGGGGGGGAUUUACGCCCUCUUCUCUGUCCGUGUCAAUGGCAGCAUCACAUCAGGGGCUGAGUGACAUCUGCAGACUUCUCACCAGGUCGUGCACCUCUCUCUGCAGCCAUCCGCGCCCGUCACAGCUUUUAUUAAUUGAAUGUGUUGUGGAUUGGUAAUUGAGUGUCAGUGUUUCUCUGGAGUUGCCCGUUGUUUUACAGUGAAUGGGGGACCGGGGGCAGACUCAAGCCCAUGGGGAUGGUGCUUGUCACAGGGGAGCGAAGCAGGCUGGCAUGGGACUGAAUUAACCUUGGUAAAAAAAAUCAAAAAAAAUCGUAUGGAGUAUGAUACUGAAGUGUUCAUUUGAAACCUUUUGCUGUUGUUCAUUAGACACUGUUACAAGGGACUUGAUAAUGUAAAUUAGACUGUGUGACACCCACAUUUCAGUAAGUUAAUUUAUCCCAAUUAAUUAAUCAUUGUAUUUAUUUUCAUUAAUUAAUGUAUUUAUUCGUCAAUUUGUUUAUUUACUUAUUAUUUUGUAUUGAUACUUUUGGUUCUUUUGUAUUAUUUUGAUGUAUUAACAUUCCUUUUUUAUUUAAUGAUUUAUUCAACUUUUCUAAUUUAUGGUUGCUAGUUGUUUAUAUUUAAGCAAUUAUGUAUUGUCAUCAAAUGGACCAUUUUGAUAUUCAUACUACUUAUUAUGAAGAUACAUGUAUAUUGUUUUUCUAGUGCUUGUGAGUAUUGAGGUGAAACUGUAAAGCUGGGUUGGACUGGGGAAUGGAUUUGUGCUUGAUGGCAAAUCAGGGAAUUCCUAACACAAUGAAAUUAGGCAGUAUGUUUUCCAGAUGAUUCCCCCCAUGCUGACUGUAUUCCUCUAUGUUGGUUAGGAGUUUGAAACGAAGAUGGAAUUAAUCCAACCAACCUGUGUGUAUUUGUAAUGGUUCCCGAAGCCCUGUUGGUGACAUUGAAUCUGCAGCUGUGGUGUCCAGGCCCACUUUAGAGACCUUUAGCUUUCCCUCUGCACACACACAGCAGCAUUUGGUUUAGCCAUUUCCCUUAUGGUUAAAAUACAUACUCAGGUGACUCCACAUUCUGUUCCCACUUAGCUGGCUCUAUUCACUGGGACCAGCUUAGCAAGGUCUCACUGACACUGUCACUGUAAAUGACUCCCAAUGUCAUCAUGUAAUCCAUGGAUGUCAAUGUAGUGCCUGUCUACUCAUCUACGUAUGGUUUAGUCAGAGACGUAGUAAACAGAGACAGAAGGCAUAUACCCAGUGCACACACUCCCUCUGUUCUCCUGCACGUGUACUUUUAGUGCUGCUAAUGACCCUCACUGGAAACAUUUACGCAGGAACACACAGCAAUAUGGGAAGUCCAUUUGGGUGGGGGAGACUUAAGGGGGGAUGGCGGUGAGGUUUCUCAGAGGACCCUAAAUGGGAGUGUCACCCCUCCCACAGGUGUGUGUGUGUGCGUGUGUGUGUCACCUGUGGAUCCAUUCCCACCACCUCCUUCAGGGUUACACCCUUUCUUUAACCACCACCUUACACCACUCCCCUCCAUGCCCCCUCUACCCCCCACCCCAUGUUACAUAGACAGGGCAGGUGUUGUCUUUACUCCCCCUUUGCUCCAUAGCCUACUGUACACCUGUUUUACUUGACUGUGGAUGUAAGUAAGUGCUUUACACUAUGGACUGUGAAAUAAAUAACUUUGUUAGUU